UUUUUCAGAGUGUUUUCUUUUUUUCCUCGGCUAAUAUUCAAUACAAGGACGGGUGUUAUUCACUGUGUUACAGUUAGCUCGCACAUUGUGUGCUUUAAGUGGCCUCUCUCUAUUGCGACAUCAGUUGCCUCCACCGGCUGUUCUCUUUGGGUGUCUGCUGCCCGCUUUGCUGGCUGCAGCAGAGAUUUCCCCUCUCGGUCGAACUCACGGCGGACGGGUCGGUCCGCGUCCGACAGCCGCUCUGCUCGGGCCUACACAUAGGUAGCUCUGCUUGAGAUAAAGCUAACCGCUGGGUGUUGCAAAUCUUCGAGGGAUUAAAAAAAAAAGCUAACUUGAUGACCUUUGCAGCCUGAACUUAUAUCCAAAGGUCCUGGGAUUUUAUGCAGUUCAAACCCUUAAGCAUGUGGCCUAUGGGUGCCACAGUCCAGCUACUUCAAAGGAUUUUUUCUCCCAUGGCAUUUUAACAAAGUAUCCCAAAAACCUUUGGAUCACAAGGCCUUUAUUUCAAGGAUAAUCAUAAAUGCAUGGGCCUGUAUAGGGAUGUUUUCUUUAAAAGCCUCCUUGGCUAUCUGUGUCUCUUUUUUCCCGAAUAAGUAACCUGACAAGAGAGACUCCCAUGAGCAACUUUACAGGAGGCCCGAUAACGUCGACAUGAGUAGUACUUUAGGCAAAGAAAAGGACCCGAAAGAAAAGGACCCCAAAGGUGGUCCAGCCGGGAAAGAAAGGGAAAAGGAGGCCAAGGCUCUAGCCAGCUUAGUAAAGGAUGGUGGCAAAGAAACGAAGACCAAAGGGAAAGAUGCCAAAGAAGGAAAGAAGGACACCAGCAGCUCAACACCGGGUGUUGCCUUCUCUGUUGACAAUACGAUAAAGCGGCCAAACCCGGCACCAGGUACGCGCAAGAAGUCCAGCAAUGCCGAGGUGAUCAAAGAGCUCAACAAGUGUCGGGAGGAGAACUCAAUGAGACUGGACCUAUCUAAAAGGUCCAUUCACAUGCUGCCCACCUCCAUUAAGGAGUUGACGCAGCUGGCUGAACUCUACUUGUACAGCAACAAGCUGCAGAGCCUGCCGGCGGAGGUGGGUUGCCUAUCAGGCCUGGUCACUUUGGCCCUGAGUGAGAACUCCCUGACCAGUUUGCCUGACUCCCUGGACUCCCUUAAGAAGCUUCGAAUGCUCGACCUCCGGCACAACAAGCUGAGAGAGAUACCGGCUGUUGUCUAUCGGCUGACAUCUCUGACCACGCUGUACCUGCGCUUCAACCGCAUUACAACUGUGGAGAAGGACAUCCGAAACCUAUCCAAGCUCACUAUGCUCAGCAUUCGUGAGAACAAAAUUAAACAGCUGCCCGCAGAGAUAGGGGAGCUUUGCAACCUCAUAACUCUGGAUGUCGCCCAUAACCAGUUGGAACACCUACCGAAGGAGAUUGGGAAUUGUACGCAGAUAACCAACCUCGACUUGCAGCACAAUGAGCUCUUGGACCUCCCAGAGACUAUAGGCAACCUGGCAAGCAUAAAUCGUUUAGGUCUGCGAUACAAUAGAUUGUCAGCCAUCCCCAGAUCAUUAGCCACAUGUCGAGAACUGGAGGAGCUAAAUCUUGAAAACAACAACAUUUCGGUGUUGCCAGAGGGACUACUGUCAAGUUUGGUUAACCUGACCAGUCUAACACUGGCGAGGAACUGCUUCCAGUCGUACCCUGUGGGAGGACCAUCCCAGUUCUCCACCAUCUACUCCCUCAACAUGGAGCACAACCGCAUCAACAAGAUCCCCUUUGGUAUCUUCUCCAGAGCCAAAGUGUUAAGCAAGCUUAACAUGAAGGACAACCAGUUAACAUCUCUGCCAUUGGACUUUGGCACAUGGACUAGCAUGGUCGAGCUUAACCUGGCCACCAAUCAGCUGACAAAGAUCCCAGAGGAUGUCUGUGGUUUAGUCUCUCUGGAGGUGUUAAUAUUGUCCAAUAAUCUUCUCAAGAAGUUACCGCAUGGUAUUGGGAAUUUGAGAAAGCUACGGGAACUUGACUUGGAGGAAAACAAGUUGGAAUCUCUACCUAAUGAAAUUGCGUAUCUUAAAGAUUUACAGAAAUUGGUGUUGACAAAUAAUCAGCUGACCACGUUACCCAGAGGCAUCGGCCACCUCACCAACCUGACUCAUCUUGGUUUGGGGGAGAACCUGCUGCAACACCUUCCAGAGGAGAUUGGUACACUGGAGAACUUGGAGGAACUGUACCUCAAUGACAACCCCAACCUGCACAGCCUCCCGUUCGAGCUGGCCCUGUGCAGCAAGCUGUCCAUCAUGAGCAUCGAGAACUGUCCCCUCAGCCACCUGCCGCCCCAGAUUGUCGCGGGAGGCCCCUCCUUCAUCAUCCAGUUCCUCAAGAUGCAGGGACCAUACCGUGCCAUGGUCUGAGCCAAGAGCAGCUCAAUCCCAGUCCUUCUUACCUCCAAACCCUCCACUUGCUCUGCACCCUCUCGCCUGCCCGCCCCCAUUAUGUGUAUCAUACACUGUAAAGAGAACAGACUGGCCACAAUCAGUGUCGGGGGCAAAUACCAGGAGGAGGAGGAGGAGGAGGAGGAGGAGGAAGAAGAAGAAGAAGAAAAUGUUUCUUUCGCCAUCCUUGGGCAGAAACGAGGUGAAUCGUCUGAGACUUGACUUCUGUGUUACUCCAGAGUUCAUCACGGUCAUUUUAGGACCCCAGCCACCCCCACUCAUGUUUCAUUCCGAAUCAUACAAGAGGAAAAUAUUUCCAUCUCUUUGCCAAAACUGAAGAUAUAUGAAGUUAUAUAUAUUGAGUAACUGUGAGCUAAGUGGCAAGUCUUUUAACCAUAUAAACCGUGCUCCCAUUGCCAAUGUAUUUACAGUAAUUACAAGCAUCUAUUAUGUGAGCAAGGAUACAAUUGUAUGCAAAAACAAACAAAAAAAGUCUUUGGAACUUCACAUUUACUGCUGCUGCCGAAAUUUUAACUUUGUCAUCUUGUUAUAUUUUCUUUUGAUAUUCACUUUUUUUUUUAUUAAACAUCACCUUCGCUCAAGAUAACUUAUGCUAACUGCUUUUUGACCAUAGAGAACAAAGGUCUGAUGAUUGCGUGUUUAUAAUUUUUUUUUUCAAUCAUUUGUUUAUUUUUAAAAACUGUGCCUAUGUUUAGACUGAUCCAGUGGUUCAUUUCUAAACAAAAUUUUCCAUGAGAAUACAAAGAUAUAAAUUAUUUCAAUAAUUCUUUUUUAUUAAUGCUGUUUUGACUUUAGUUUUUCCUUUUUUCUUUUUUUUCUUUUUUUAGUGUUCCUUUUGCUGUUACAUUAAUCUGUUAAAGCAAGUGAUAUCAGUUGUAAAAUAGGGUGAUUGGAGAUAUUUUUAACAAAUAGCAGCAGUAGUUGUUAAACAUUAAGCUAGUAAUGUAUACAUAUGAGAAAUGCCAAUCAUACAUGCUUGAAGAAAAAAGAAGCAAGUUGGACUUUUCUCCAAAUCGGGUGGUGCCGUGACCCCCGUCUAUAUUGCUUUUGCUUUUGUGUUAUUAAUUAAUUCAAAUCCUGGUUGUUGCCUUGAGUGCAAUUUUAGUUAUGUUUACUGGUUUGAUAUUAUCUUCAGUGUUGGGCUGCAUAGCUGUCAUUCAAUUGACCAACAUAUCACGCAUUUAACAAAAAGACAUUAUCUGGGUCUCUGGAGCAAGUGGAGAGUGUGUUAGAGCUUAAAGAAAAAGGUUUGAUAAUUAAAAAUUGACAGGUAACACUUC